UUCAUACUUUCAACUGAAGCCCUAGAAAAACCCCUCUCUCCUGUCUCAUGCAAAUCUCAGAUAUGCGAUCUCUCAGAACAUUCUACACCCAAAAACACCUUUUCAAUCCAAAAAAACACAUACCCAUUUCUCUCUCUCCUCUCAUCUCCUUCCAAUCUCUCCAAAACCCUAAAUUUUCCCGCCAUUUCCGUUGCACCAACCACCGCCGCAGCGAAGAAUCAACGAGCCUUGACGCCGAUUCUCCGAGUAUCGGGAUCGGUUCAAGUUCACCUGAUACAGAAACCAAUUCAAGCAGACGUAGAACUUGGACCGUGUUCAAUACGGAAGGCAGUCAGUACAGUGACAGACAAGAAUCUGGGUCGAGAAGUGGAGCUGAAAGGAGCGAGGUUUCGGUAAAUAAGGGUUUUGGGAGUGUGGAGAAGGCGAGAUUCGGUGGUAGGUAUGGGCUAGCUUCGAGCGAUGGCGGUGUUGUGAGGGGUAGGAAGAAGGGGAAGAGUAAGGUUUGCUGGGUGUGUUCGGACUGUGGGUAUUCGGAUGGGCAGUGGUGGGGGGCGUGUAGGGAGUGCAAUAAAGUGGGUACAAUGAAGCAGUUUUCAGCAGGGGAAAGCGGCAAUGGUGGCUCGAGGGUGAGCGGGUUCGAGGUGUCGGAUAAUGUGAUUCGAUCGUGGUUACCCCAGCAGCCCACUGAGGUGCAACCUUUGAGAUUGACGGAUGUGAACCGGGGGAUUAAUCAGAUGAAUUGGAGGAUUCCCUUGCAUGGGCCCUUUGGAUAUGAAGUUGCUAGGGUGCUUGGUGGUGGUCUUGUACCAGGUUCUUUGGUUUUGGUUGGGGGUGAUCCUGGUGCUGGCAAGAGUACACUGUUGUUACAGAUUGCUGCAAUAAUAGCUGAAGGGCAUGAUAUUGGUGGAUCAAGUCCAGUUGUGUAUGUAUCUGGUGAAGAGAGUGUCGAACAAAUUGGAAAUAGAGCUGACCGCAUGAGGAUUGACACAGAAGAGCUUUUCUUAUAUUCAAGUACUGAUAUUGAGGACAUAUUGGGACAAGUUCAUCUUCUUUCCCCCAGGGCUCUAGUUGUUGAUUCCAUUCAAACUGUAUAUUUAAAAGGAGUCAUCGGAAGUGCAGGAGGUCUCUCUCAGGUGAAAGAAUGCACAUCAGCCUUGCUGCGUUUUGCUAAGAAGACUAACAUCCCUGUGUUUUUGAUUGGACAUGUGACAAAAUCUGGGGACAUAGCUGGGCCUCGUGUCUUGGAGCACAUUGUUGACGUUGUUUUAUAUAUGGAAGGGGAGAAGCACUCAUCUCAUCGAUUGCUUCGGUCUGUGAAGAAUCGGUUUGGGUCCACUGAUGAGCUUGGAGUGUUUGAAAUGACACAAUUGGGACUGCAAGUUGUUUCAAACCCCAGUGAGCUGUUCUUAAGUGAGCAGAACUCAGAUUCUGAGAUUUUAGCUGGACUUGCGGUUGCUGUAAUUAUGGAUGGAUCUCGAUCUUUUCUCCUGGAAAUUCAGGCAUUAUGUCUAUCUGGAUCAACAGUUGCAAGGCAAGUUAAUGGGGUUCCAGCGAGCAGAGCUGAUAUGAUUAUUGCGGUUCUCAUGAAGCAAGCUGGUCUAAAGCUCCAAGACAAUGGCAUCUUUUUAAAUGUUGUAAGUGGUGUGACACUGGCAGAGACCGCUGGGGAUCUUGCUGUAGCAGCUGCAAUUUGCAGCAGCUUCUUGGAGUUUCCUAUUCCCAAUGGCAUUGCAUUCAUUGGAGAAAUCGGCCUUGGUGGUGAACUUCGCACGGUACCCAGAAUGGAGAAAAGGGUGAACACAGUAGCGAAACUGGGAUACAAAAAAUGCAUAGUCCCAAAAGCAGCUGAAAAAUCUCUACCAACUCUUGAGGAUAUGAACAUUGAGAUUGUGGGCUGCAGGAAUAUGAAAGAGGUUAUCAACACAGUUUUUGUCUGAGGCGUAAAAGAAAAGCUGAAGAUCAUUUUGACCUUUUUUGGUUACCUUUCUAUCAUAUUUAUAUAAUUUUAUUUUUGGUA